GCGCAACCGCAACCUCAAGCGCAGUCCUGUCUGCUUCCGAAACGUUGAGAUGGUGAAGAAGUAAAGGAAGGAUGCCUUAAACGUGCGUUUUAGAGAGAGAAAACAAAACCAAACAAACAAACAAGUCAGAAUCUCUUCUCUUCUCUUUCUCUAUCGUAACUCUCUUCUCUGCUCUCAGAUCUUCCAAAACCCUCCUUUCCUUCAUUACUAAAAUCACUUCUCUUCAAAGAUUCUUUUUCUCUUUCUUUCUCAGCCUCCACUUCUUUUUUCUUUCCCGCGCCCUCCAACCGCUUCUUGCUCCGUUUUUCCCUUCCCGCAUUUCAUCUCACUUGCAUUUUCCGCUCCGUACGGAAUUGUUGUCCACUCUGCAAUUAUUUUCCGGGAAAAACAGAGCAUUCUCCCGAUGACAGUAACAUUUUUGUGAGGAAGUGAAGAAAAAUGGACGAUAGAGGCGGUUCCUUCGUCGCCGUGAGAAGAAUUUCGCAGGGUCUUGAUCGAAGCAACACGUGCCAUUCAAGUUCCGCUGAGUUUGUGACAGGAUCAACAGCAUGGCUUGGCAGAGGUCUGUCCUGUGUCUGUGCACAGAGAAGAGAAAGCGAUGCCAGACCCUCUUUUGAUUUAACUCCGGCCCAGGAGGAGUGCUUGCAGAGGCUACAGAAUCGCAUUGAUAUUCCAUAUGAUGGUUCUAUCCCUGAGCACCAGGAUGCCCUAAGAGCUUUAUGGAGUGCUGCAUUUCCUGAAGAAGAACUCCAUGGUUUGAUUUCUGAGCAGUGGAAGAACAUGGGCUGGCAAGGGAAGGAUCCAUCAACAGAUUUUAGGGGUGGUGGUUUCAUAUCAUUGGAGAAUUUGUUGUUUUUUGCUAGGAAUUUCCCGGUUUUACCAGACACAUUUUUUGCGUUUCUUUUAGACCCUAAUUCCCCAAGGAAAUCUUUUCAAGACCUUUUACGGAAGCAGGAAGGAGAUCGGUCAGUGUGGGAAUAUCCAUUUGCUGUUGCUGGUGUUAACAUCACAUUCAUGCUUAUUCAGAUGCUGGAUCUUGAAGCAGUCAAACCUCGGACACUGGUGGGAGCAACUUUCCUAAAAUUUCUUGCAGAAAAUGAUUCAGCUUUUGAUCUUCUCUAUUGCAUAACAUUCAAGAUGAUGGAUCAACAAUGGCUUUCUAUGCGUGCUUCAUAUAUGGAUUUUAAUACAGUAAUGAAGUCUACUCGCCGUCAGCUGGAGAAAGAGCUUCUGCUUGAAGACAUAAUGCGGCUAGAAGAUGUACCCUCAUACAAACUUCUCACACGAUAGUUGUUGAUACUUACUCCAAGCCUACUAGUUUUAACCACAAGGUUGUACUUGAUGUGAUGCUACCCCUUAUAAUUUCGAUUCCUUCCAAUUCGGCUUUUAACCUUCUAACAAGACUGAGGUGAGCCUAAGUAUGAUAUCAUCAAGGUUCUGGAGUCAGCAGUUGAGCUUUUAAUCUAGUUGGAGUAUAAUAUUGUGGGUGGGACAAACUGCCAGGGGAGUCUGAAAUGUAGGUUUGCUUGGUACCAAAAAAGAUUAGAUUGUAAUGAAUUGUGGUUUGCCUAUAUAUUUCCUCAAUGUCCAUCAAUGGGCAAAUAUAGCUUGCAGUAUUGUAAUUCAGGCAGUUUGUACCCUUUUUUCUGGUCUACAGGCAGGUGUACCUAAGUAGGUAGAUUCUGCCUGGGCCUUGUUUGUGGAGGAAUUGAUAUACUGCAUAUUGUUGUUUGAGUAAGAUUUAAUGUUUGAGUUGAUGAAUAGUUCCUUAA